AUGUUCUGCCUUCGCUCCUGGGUACCACUCCUCGUCUUCCUCACAAGUACGCCACCGAUCUACGUCGUUCUCUUCCUGCUGGCGCACUACCGACUGUCUGGUGCCUGCGUAUAUUGCUCCAUCCUCCUCUUCGUCCUCGUCUUCUCCCUCUUCGAUUUCUCGGCGGAUUGGUUCGAGCCACGAUGGAACGGCGACUUUAUGGGCUCCAUCUCGACGACGACGGCCUCCUUCAUCAGCGGCAAUGCGACAUUCACAGAGGCACUCGUUGAGACCGCAAGCAUAGCCGUCUCCGCGAUCAACGGAACGGGAGGCUCUCUGGCAAGCGCAGCGAUGGAUGGGAUCAAGCAUAAGAUGGCGGGCACAUCAAGUUCUGCAAUAACAAACGCGACAAACGGAACAAGUGGGUUUGAAUGGUUACGAGGAGCAUUGGACAAGUACCACUUCCGGAUACCUUGUCUGGAUGUGACCGUUCGGUUAUAA